CCUUCCCAGUGUGUCCACAUCCCCAUCCACGACCAUCCCGCCCUGAAGUCUGAACACACACACACACACACAAACAGACUCAGUGAGAGUGGCUGUAUCUGCGGCCAGCGAUGCCGAACUGAUCCCUAAUCCCGAGUCUGUGAGAAAAAGAAUAUAUAAAAAUAUAUUAACAGUUUGGAAUAAGCGCGUAUCGACGGUGUUUCAUCCUCUCAGUGAGGCAGGGGUGCUAGCUAAGAAGCUAACCUUACUCAGCUCUGGAGGAAAGUUUGCGCGAGGACCACUUUCUGUGCGCGCGCGUGUGUGUGUUGUUUUUUUUUUUUUUUUUUUUCUCCUUUAAACCAAAUUUCAAGCGGAAGGUUCGGGAAUGUCUCUGUCGGUACCGCAGAACGGACAAGGCGAUAACGAACCCGUUAUCGAGCUUUUUGUCAAGGCGGGCAGUGAUGGAGAGAGCAUAGGGAACUGUCCAUUCUCCCAGCGUCUCUUCAUGAUCCUCUGGCUGAAGGGCGUGGUGUUUAACGUCACCACCGUCGACCUGAAAAGGAAACCAGCGGAUCUUCAGAACCUGGCUCCGGGAACGCACCCUCCUUUCAUCACGUUCAACGGCGAAGUCAAGACUGACGUCAACAAGAUCGAGGAGUUCCUGGAGGAUGUGCUCAGCCCACCCAAGUUCACUAAGCUCAGCGCCAGGCACCCCGAGUCCAACACGGCCGGGAUGGACAUCUUCGCCAAGUUCUCCGCCUACAUCAAGAACUCCAAACCAGACGCCAACGAGGCUCUGGAGCGAGGCCUGCUGAAGACGCUGCAGAAGUUGGACGAGUACCUGCGCUCGCCCCUGCCCGACGAGAUCGACCACAACAGCAUGGAGGACGUCAAGGUGUCCAGCCGCAAAUUCCUGGACGGAGAGGAGAUGACGCUGGCCGACUGCAACCUGCUACCCAAACUGCACAUCGUCAAGGUGGUGGCGAAAAAGUACCGAGGCUUCGAGAUCCCUAAAGACAUGACGGCCGUGUGGAAGUACCUGAGCAACGCGUACUCCCGCGACGAGUUCACCAACACCUGCCCCAGCGAACGGGAGAUCGAGAUCGCCUAUGCCGACGUGGCCAAGAGGCUCGUCAAAUAAACACCCUCGCCACCAACAAACAACAACAACAACAACAUCCCCCUUUCCCUCCUCCUUUUCUUUCCUUUUAUCACCCCCAACACUGGGACGUCUUUAUUUUCACACAGGGGAAAAAAAAAACAAAACAACUACAGACUCUUUUUUUUUUUUUUUUUCUGUUUCUUUAGAGUUUAUAAAUAAUAACCCAGUGCAUGACACAUAUAUAAAUAUAUAUAUAUAUAUUUUCUUCCUUAUUCAUACUUAAAGAUUCUACAUUUGAAGGUUAAAUCUGUUGAAUUACUUUUUUUUUUUUUUUUUUUUUUGUAUCACAUGAGAAGUGCAAGUGUUAACGAGUUAACGAGUGUGUAUUGGUACAGCUCAAUAUAGCUCGCACAUGUAUACACACACACACACACACACUCCUCUUCCUGUAGCAAGCAUGCUGUGGUGUGUGUCCACCAGCCUUUUAUGAUUUAGGCAAAAAAAAAACAACCUAAACGCUUUUAUAAGCUUGCCCAGCGAGCAUCUAUGAAGUUUUCUCGUUUCGGAAUGGCGUUGAAACAGUGUUGGAAGCUCCAGUGUUUUUGUUUGUUUGUUUUUUGGGGGUUGUUUUAUUUUUUUUUUUAUUGUUGAGCGCUCCAUCAAGCACCGCCCGCUCAUCAGACUCCGACAUGAAAGUAGACCUUUAAAUCGAAAUCGGUUUCGUUUUCUUUUUUUUUCUUCUUCAGCAGGUAUUACUAACCUUUUUAUUGUUUAUUUUGAUAAACACGCGGCCGGCAAAGCAGGUCAUUUAAUUCAUUUCAGGUGUGCGCGAUCGUACUUUCACAUCGCAGACGUAAGAAAAGGAAAAAAAAAAGAAAAAAAAGAUGUUAGUUUAGAAAUGAACGCUAACAGGAUGUCGUGUACGCAUGGGGACAGGGUGCCAAAACUUUUACAGAUGACCCGAAGGUGACGAGAAGUCCUGCCGAAUCAGCAGGUGAACUCGGCGGUAAUUUAAACAUUUGACUCUCAAAUUUUUUACUUUUUUUUUUUUUUUUUUUUUUUUUUAAACAUUUGAAUGUAGCUGAACGAAGGCCUUAUUCAGGUGCACGAGUUUUAAUACGACGCCUCCUCCUCCUCCGGCCGCCAUCGUUUUCUUACAGCGCCGCGCGCGUGUGAUUCAGCUUUGUGUUUUCAACGUCGAUAAAGAAAAAGGGGGGAAAAAAUGCAGCGUAUCAUCGACAGAGAAAACAAACAAAAACAAAUGAUUGUACUCUCGAAGGAAAAAAAUGACGUAGUGAUCUAGAAGGACAGAAUUAUUACCACUUUGUUCUUUUUCUAAUAUUGGAUGGGUUGAAUAUUGAAUAUUUUUUUUUUUUUUAAGUAAUUUGAAAUAAAAAGGUACAAAAGUGCAUUUUAUUUUUCGUUCCAUAAAUAUAUGUUCUCUUGUUGGAACUGUUCCAUCAUAACAACACGCCGCUCGGGAUAACGGCGUCUGCGCGAUGCCUUAAAUGUAAAUGUACUAACGAGCUUCUGUGUUUGUUUUCCGGGCGGCGCUGAUGCGUGUGCAUCCAUACAGCCAUGAUGAUGAUGAUGAUCGGGACCCGUGUUUAAUCUCACACCGCAUUCAGAAGGAAAAAACACACCACACGCUCCAACGGUGCACUUUCCAGAUGUGACGGGACCAUCUGAGGAAACAAAGCCAUGUUGUUCAGGACCUUAAAAAGUGGCUUAAAUGAUUUAAAGGUGCGGUCUGUAAUUUUUCCUAUAGAUCUGCGCUCAGCAUUUUAAAGUCAGUGUAGAUAACACCGGCGAUGAGUUUCCCAUAACGGAGAGCCGCGUUAAACGGUAAAGCCGAGGAGCCGACGUUUACGUUUCGGCCGUGACACGCCUUACUGCCUUCGAUCCGUUGCUACGGUGACGCGGGAGACACCUUCCGCUAAAAUGGGUCGGACCGAACGCGCGUGAAAAACACGCAUUUGUGGUUGCUUUUAAGUACAAUGAGUAGCUCCUACACGGGCGGAGUCACACGGGCGGAGUCCAGGAUGUGGAGUUAGGCUUAUGCUUGUGUACUGUAUGUAUAGGAGGAGUUGGAUUAGAUCCAGCUUUAUGUCCUGGACUCCUGGUUCACAUAGCAAACAUCUACUAAAAUAAAUAAGCCGUCUCGUUUCAAACAGGUUACUGUGGUAAAAUUCCGUUUGAUCUCUGGAUUGGAUUUUCUUGUUUGCAAUAUUAACAAUGUUGGUGCCUCUGUGGUAAAGCGAGCACCACACUGAACUCUCUCUCUCUCUCUCUCUCCCCAUUAUCUUACUUGUGUUACCCCCCCCCCCCCCCCCCAGCUUUAAAUUAGCUCCUCCCCCAAGCCAGAACAGGAUUGUUCAGCUCCACCCGUUUUUCCGAUUUCUGCGCGUUUUUAACGUUACAGACUGCCCCUUUAAUACGAGACAUCAUCGAUGAAAUGGGUAUGAUAAAUAAAAUAAUCACAAAUCUGUUCAAUUUCACAAAAACAGUCCGGGGCGGGGGUAAAGCCGAGCGAGGUUUUCACUCUUUUUAAAAAGAGAAUUCAUUCCAAACAGCUCCGUUUCUCCUGAUGAAGUGCUGGAAAGUUCUAGUACGAGUUUUACUUUACUUCGUGCGCUCUCCACCAGGCCCGUCAAAACCCGCGCUCAAAAACGGACCGCCCGAUAUAUACCCGGAAUUAAUGAAGGAAAAGAACGCGGUGAUCCGAGAUGUUCCUCAGAACUCCGAUGGUCUGGACUGAAUCACGUGCCUUCUGAAGAUCUCACCAUCAGCAGGCAGUACAGCUAUAUUACAUUUUUUAUUUUGGUCUUGUUCAGAAAGAUGACGGAUGUGAAUUCUUGUCUCUCGCCGAUGUCCGACUCCGAUACUGAAUGUUGAAGGUGCCUUCUUUUCUAUUUGUUUGUUUUCCCAUAUAACACACACACACACACACACACACUUUCCUACACUGCUCAUUGAAAUGCUGCAUGUUCCGCCAUCACGCUCUCGUUAAUAAUAAACUGCUGGCAGCUAUGACUAA